UAGCAGUUUUGAUAUAAAUCUAGAUUAUUAAACGAUCUUUAGAGACCUUGCGCGGUGAUUAAAUCCCAGUGAUUUUAUACCCUAGACAGUGCAGCAAUGUAGUUACGAGACCAUUAUGUAAGAUGCAGGCGCGAGCUGUGCCAGUUGGAGGCGCACGCGCACAGCUCCGGGUUACCAUGGAAACCUUCAAACUCUAACGUUCACCUUUUUGAAACAGACAGCCAGCGCGAGCUUGUAGCGUAGGAAGAAGGCCAUGUCUGUUCGUAGCCUCGCUGCGUUUUGUAGGAAUGAGGAUAGAAAAAUGACAGCAUUUGACAGAAAGAGGUUUGUUUCGGUUUUUAAUGAGUGUGAUGUAGAAAAGAAAGGCUACUUGUCCAGAGAGGAUCUGAAGGUGGCAGUUGUUAUGCUAUUCGGAUAUAAACCUUCGAAGUCAGAAACCAGUAUGAUGAUGGAGGCUGGUGCGGAGCCAAACUGUCCAGGGGUCCCUUUGGAGCACUUUGUGUCUCUCAUGAGGAGGAAGUUACCAGCAGGGGAUCCAUACGAGAAGACGAGACAGAUCUUCAGCGCAUUUGAUCUACGCUGCCGUGGAUUCCUGAAGUUGGAGGACUUCAGAAGUGUGUUUGCACGUGUGGCUCCUCGCCUGUCUGAGCGCACCGUGCUGGAGGCUUUUCGGAAUAAUGAAAGUCAUGGAUGUAGCUGUAGCUGACAUGUGGACCACGACUCAGAUGGACACGUCAGCUUCAAGGACUUUGAGGACGUUAUCGGUUACGGGCUGGCCGACAGCUGAGGCGCUGUGGAACAGCAGUAAGGGCUCACAUGCUCAUGUCUGGAGCUGUCUGGUUUAAAGAAAUACAACA